UCCUGCGCCUAUCCUCUCUCUCGGCGAGAAUGCCCGAGAAUCCAUUGCAGCUUAUACUACAUUCUUUCGAGAAAGUUUCCAACUUCAUCCAAAUUCACCUCUCCAGUUUAACUCUCCAACUCCAACCUCAUAACCAAUCGCCCACCGUUAAACAACAACCAAUCUCCUCUAUCUCUCACUCUUCCAAGCUCAACCCAUCCACCAGAAACUCCUCUGCUUUCCAGUCCCACGAUGUGAAGGGAAAAACUGCAGGUCCGGUGUCGAAAGAAGAGCUUGGUAGGGCUUCAUGGACAUUUCUUCACACUCUUGCUGCCAGGUACCCAGAUAAACCAACAAGGCAACAGAAGAAAGAUGUUAAAGAAUUGAUGUCAAUACUAUCACGCAUGUACCCUUGUAAAGAAUGUGCAGAACACUUCAAACUAAUUUUGAGAGAAAACCCUGUACAAGUUGGAUCCCAAGCUGAGUUCUCCCAGUGGCUCUGUUAUGUGCAUAAUCUCGUUAACCGAAGCAUUGGAAAACCGGUGUUUCCCUGUGAGCGGGUUGAGGCGAGGUGGGGCAAGGCGGAAUGCGAGAACCGUGAGUGCGAUGUGCUAGGAGAAACAUUAGUCUUCCCUGGUGCUACAAAUUAACAUUAUCAUACUUAUUCUAACCCUGUGAUGGGUUUCUAUAAUGUUGUAAUAGCCGUUUAUAUCGGUGAUCGUACUAAUCAUUUUAUAAAUCUCAUGGUGGAGGGGCAUCCAAGUUAACUUUGUAUGAUCCAUCUGUAUAAUUUUCUGGAUAGCCAAGCUGUUUUAGUACUCGCUUUGUUGACGGAAGCAGCUUAAGACUUGUGAUGAUUGAAAUACAAUGUUUAUAUUUUACUCU